AUGUGGCUCGUCUGCGUACCUGCCGCCGCGGCUGGCAGUCUGUCCACAUCACAGCCUGUCCAAUCAUCUGUCAGCACGCAAGACUUUGGCUCACUGCGCAGCACAACUUUUCACUUUGAGUUGGAGAAGGAGAGAGGAGACAGGCUGAGGAAGAAGGAGAGAGGAGGCGAGCUGAGGAAGGAGAAGGAGAGAGGAGAUGAGCUGAGGAAGGAGAAGGAGAGGAGACCAGCUGAGGAAGAAGGAGAAGAGAGAGGAGACGAGCUGAGGAAGGAGGAGAGAGGAGACCAGCUGAGGAAGGAGAAGGAGAGAGGAGAGGAAACCAGCUGA